AGCAACACAACCAUGGACGUCGAUGUCGCUGUUAAUACUACUCCGCAAGAGGAAGAAUUGCAAGAACCUCGCAAGCCAAAAACAACAAAGAAAUCCGGCGAAAUGAGGAAGGUGUUUAUUCCACGCACACGCAAAACGGCCCUAAAAGAGCAGUGGAUGAAAAUCUUUACCCCAGUUGUAGAGCAAUUGUCGCUAAUGAUACGGUACAAUGUGAAACUAAGUCAGGUGGAAAUAAAAGCUUCUUCCGCUACGCCAGACCCAACCUACCUCCAGAAAGCGGCAGACUUUGUGCGUGCCUUUGCACUUGGGUUCGAGGUUGAAGACGCCCUGGCACUGAUCCGCCUUGACGAUCUGUUCAUCGAAAGCUUCGACAUUACGGACGUGAAAGCGCUCAAGGGUGACCACCUUAGCCGUGCAAUUGGUCGACUUGCGGGCAAGGGAGGGCGGACAAAGUUCACGAUAGAAAACACGACCAAAACGCGUAUCGUACUGCAAAACUCGAAGAUUCACAUAAUGGGCAGCUACAAGUACAUUCAGCAUGCUAAACGCGCCCUCAGCCACUUGAUUCUCGGUUCCCCGGCCAGUAAGGUGUACGGUAACUUGCGCUCGGUAGCUGCAAGUCAAAAUUCGCAACGAAUGUAAAGGAUCCGGUUGA